CAGCUUGCUGUCUCGAGCCCUCUGGCCAGAUGAUUGUCAAGAAGCUCAAGGUUCGGCCGCGGAAGAACCCGCCGACGAACCUAUGCGCUCCUGAGCUGGCUACGCUGCUGGGCUGCUGGGCCGCCUCGAACGACUAUGGCUCGACGGAGAAGUGCAGAGAGGUGUCUCAGGCGUUAUACGAGUGCAUGCGGAACGCGCCCAUGAAAGGCAAGCAACAUAGACCCACGAUCAACUACCACCUCGCCCGGCUCGGCAAGAACUUGAAAUAGACUCGACUCGCCGGUAGCACCAUCAAAAGCCUUUGGGGACGCUCGCGCUGCACCGGACGUCCGGUGGGGGAGGGGGGGGGGUUGCUAUUAUCAUAUUGCAGCGUCGAGGAGGGCAGGCCGUGGAUAUCGUACCAUGCUGUAGUAAGAGAAACUAUUGCUCUACGCACUGCCCACGCUGUAUUUAUGAUGCUGCUUUCCUAUAUACAGCAUCUACUCUAUCGCGUCUCUGGCGCAGUAAUGAUCACUACCUAUACAGCCCAGCCGGACGGCGCGUGUAUUUUCCUCUCAAAUUUUCAGAGAUUUGACGGCGCUGUUCAUGGCGCUGUUCUGGA